AGCUAUCUGAUAAUCUGUCCAUUACUCAAAACAGGCACGUCACUUAAAAACGAUUCCGUUUUGGUUCUUGUCACCUGAAAAGCUUUCGAUAGAGACGGUGAGUGUUCGUAAGCGUGUUUCUGUGUGAAAUUGCAGAGAGUUGAAUCGUGAUUCAGAAAAAUGGCGAAACACGAAGAGCUUCCAGUCCCUGUUUUCGAAACGCUGGAACCUGUAUACGGCGGUGGUUCUGAACUGGAAGAAGCUCAGCUUCGUUACGAUAAUUUGAAGUCUAAAUUUCUCAGCAUCUUCGGUCACAAUCCUCAACUCAUGGCUCGUUCUCCUGGGAGAGUGAACUUGAUCGGGGAACACAUUGAUUAUGAAGGCUAUUCGGUGUUACCUAUGGCAAUUCGGCAAGACACGAUCGUGGCCAUUCGGAAAAACGAAGAUCAAAAUGUUCUUAGGAUUGCUAAUGUUAAUGAUCAAGCUUAUGCUACUUGUACUUAUCCUGCUGAUCCUAACCAGGAGCUUGACUUGAAGAAUCACAAAUGGGGCCACUACUUUAUUUGUGGGUAUAAAGGCUUUCAUGAUUAUGCGAAAUCGAAAGGAGUUGAUGUUGGUCCACCGGUUGGGCUUGAUGUCCUUGUUGAUGGAACAGUUCCCACAGGUUCUGGACUAUCGAGCUCUGCAGCAUUUGUUUGUUCUUCCACAAUUGCUAUUAUGGCUGCUUUUGAUGUGAACUUUCCAAAGAAAGAAGUUGCACAACUUACAUGUGUGUGUGAACGGCACAUUGGUACACAGUCUGGGGGGAUGGAUCAGGCAAUCUCUGUCAUGGGAAAAGCUGGGUUCGCUGAGCUGAUUGAUUUCAACCCAAUCCGUGCAACAGAUGUGAAACUUCCUGCUGGUGGAACUUUUGUGAUUGCCCAUUCUUUGGCAGAGUCUCAGAAGGCUGUUACCGCUGCUACAAAUUAUAAUAAUAGGGUUCUUGAAUGCCAUUUGGCUUCUAUAGUGCUUGGGAUAAAACUAGGAAUGAAUCCACAAGAGGCAAUAUCAAAAGUGAAAACACUAUCUGAUGUUGAAGGUUUAUGCAUAUCAUUUGCCAAUAGUCGUAACUCCUCUGAUCCUGUCCUGGCUGUCAAGGAGUUUUUGAAGGAAGAACCUUAUACAGCUGAUGAAAUUGAAGAAAUUACUGGGGAAAACUUGACCUCAUCUUUUAGCAGUAAUCCAGCUUAUUUGGAUGUCAUAAAAGUAGCUAAGCACUACAAGUUACAUCAGAGAGCUGCACACGUGUACUCUGAAGCCAAAAGGGUGCACGCUUUCAAGGAUACUGUAUCAUCAGAACUAAGUGAUGAGGAGAAGCUAAAGAACCUUGGUGAUCUUAUGAAUGAGAGUCAUCAUAGCUGCAGUGUUUUAUAUGAAUGCAGCUGUCCAGAGUUGGAAGAACUCGUAAAUAUUUCUCGUGACAAUGGUGCUCUUGGGGCGAGGCUUACUGGAGCUGGAUGGGGAGGUUGUGCUGUUGCCUUGGUGAAAGAAGACAUUGUUCCUCAAUUUAUCCUUACUUUGAAGGAACGUUUCUACCAAGCAAGAAUUGACAAGGGCCUGAUCAAGGAGAACAAUGUCGACCUCUAUGUAUUUGCUUCUAAGCCAUCGAGUGGUGCUGCCAUUUUAAAGUUUUAGAAUCAUUAGCUUGACCAACUCCACUCUUAAUGGCUGAGAAAGUGCAGGUUGCCAUAUGCAAACUCUGAUGGAAUAAGAUUAAAAUGUUACCAUUAUUGUCAAUUAGUUGCUUCUGGUAUGCUUACCAAUUACAUUGACCUAAAUGAAUAAUGACUAUCUUGAACAUUAGUAAGUCACCUUUCGUAGUGGUCAAAUGAUGUUCUUACCCAAAAAAAUGUUUUGUAUUUAUUUAAAAUUGGCCUUUUUUUGGUGCAA